AUGCCGCUAUCACACCCACUAUAUAUAUCCGCCGCUGCGGGCAUCGCCUCGCACAUCGCCUACUUCAACAAAGGCGAGCACCACCUCUAUGUGACCCAAUACCUGAAGCUCUUCCUCGCCGCCAUCGCCGCCAUCACCGCAACCCUGCACUACACCCAGUCGCAACCCUGGCCGCACGCGCUCUCCACCACCUCCCAUCUCGCCGCCGCCUACCUCAGCGGCCUCUACACCAGCCUGCUCAUCUACCGCCUGUUCCUCCACCCCCUGCACCAAUUCCCCGGACCCCUCGGCUCCCGCCUCUCCAGCCUCUACCUCCCCACCCAGCUCAACCACAACCUCUACAAGCACCUGCACGCCUACCACACGCACUACGGCCCUUUCGUCCGCACCGGCUCCUCCGACCUCUCCAUCGCCCACCCCGCCGCCGUGCACGCCCUCUACAGCGCCGCCUCGCCCUGCACCAAGGCCGCCUACUACGACUUCACGCACCCGGGCCUCGCCCUGCAGAACAUCCGCGACCCCGCCGCCCACGCCGCCCGCCGCCGCGUCUGGGCCCGCGCCUUCAGCGACCCCCUGCUGCGCGGGUACGAGGCCCGCGUGCGUGAGUACCAGCAGCGGCUGGUUGAGCGGCUGGCGGGCAUGGAGGGGCGCGCCGUGGAUGCGCGCAAGUGGGUGAAUCUGUACAGCUUUGACGUGAUGGGCGCGCUGACGUUUGGCGAGGGGUUCGGGUGUCUGGAGCGCGGGGAGCCGCAUUGGGCGAUUGAGUUGCUGGAUGCCACGAUGCGGCAGAUUGGUUUGUGUGUGCCUAUUUGGGUUAUGUUGGCGAUGAAUGCUGUGCCCGGGUUGUCGCGCGAUUGGUGGCGGUUUUUGGAGUUUUGUGGGCAGAUGUUGCGGUAUCGGGUGAAGAAUAAACCUGCCAUCCCGGAUGUGAGUUCCGCGUUGAUCGCCCAUCUCGAGGGGAGAGACCCCACGCCGAGCGAGGAGUUGCUCCUGGAUGGGGAUGCGCGGUUGGUUGUUGUGGCUGGGAGUGAUACCACGGCGUGUACGCUGGCGGCUGUUCUAUACGAACUAGUGCGUCAUCCGGAAGAAGCCGACAAGCUGCGCGCGGAGCUGGCGCCGUACGCGGACGCCAGUGACAACGGCGAGCUUCUCCACUCGCAGAUCGCGAACCUCGACCAUCUCAACGGCGUGAUCAACGAGGCGCUGCGGCUGUAUCCUCCCGUGCCCGGGGGGCUGCAACGCAAGACGCCGCCGGAGGGGAUCAUGAUCGACGAUGUGUUUAUCCCGGGGGACAUGACGGUGUCGUGUCCGCAGUAUGUUGUGAGCCGAUCCCCCCUUUGCUACGAACAACCGGACGAGUUCAUCCCCGAGCGGUGGUAUAAACGCCCGGAGCUGAUCAAGGAUAAGACGGUGUUUGCGCCGUUUACCAUCGGCCCGUACAGUUGCAUCGGCAAGCCGCUGGCGAUGCUCAACCUGCGCACCACGGUCGCCCGGCUGGUCAUGGAGUUUGACGUGCGGUUCGCGCCGGGAGACGACGGGCGGAAGUUCCUGGACGAGGCCCAGGAUAACUUUGUGCUGUACAUGGGCGAGUUGAAUGUGGUGUUUGAGCGGAGGCGAUGA